AUGUCUUUCUUCCUUGUAGAUUUAAGACCCAUGAACAACAGGUCAGCAACACACAUUGUGACUGAGUUUGUUCUCCUGGGGUUCCCUGGCUGCUGGGAGAUACAGAUUUUCCUCUUCUCACUGUUUUUGGUGGCUUAUAUCUUGACCUUGCUGGGGAAUGGAGCCAUUAUCUGUGCAGUGAGAUGGGACCCACGGCUACACACCCCCAUGUACUUUCUGCUGGGAAACUUUGCCUUCCUUGAGAUCUGGUAUGUUUCCUCCACUGUUCCUAACAUGCUAGCCAACAUUCUCUCCAAAACCAAGGCCAUCUCAUUUUCCGGCUGCUUCCUCCAGUUCUAUUUCUUCUUUUCCCUGGGCACAACUGAAUGUCUUUUCCUGGCAAUAAUGGCUUAUGAUCGGUACCUGGCCAUCUGCCGACCACUGCACUAUCCUACCAUCAUGACUGGGAAGCUCUGUGGAAAGCUGGUGUCUAUCUGCUGGCUCAUUGGAUUUCUUGGUUACCCAAUCCCCAUUUUCUUCAUCUCCCAACUCCCCUUCUGUGGACCCAAUAUCAUUGAUCACUUCUUGUGUGACAUGGACCCACUGAUGGCUCUGUCCUGUGCUCCAGCUCCCAUUAUUGAAUUUAUUUUCUAUACUCAGAGCUCCCUUGUCCUCUUUUUCACUAUUACAUAUAUUCUUCUAUCAUAUACCAUGUUGCUCAGAGCUGUUUUUCAGAUCCCUUCUGCAGCUAGCCAGAAAAAGGCCCUCUCCACCUGUGGUUCCCAUUUAGCUGUGGUGUCUCUUUUCUAUGGGACAGUCAUGGUAAUGUAUGUGAGUCCUACAUAUGGCAUCCCAACUUGCAUGCAGAAGAUCUUCACACUGGUAUAUUCAGUAAUGACUCCUCUCUUUAAUCCCCUGAUCUAUAGUCUUCGUAAUAAGGACAUGAAACUUGCCCUGAGAAAUGUUCUACUUGGAAGGAGAAUUAGUCAAAUUUCUUGA